UUUACCUGCGGCUCUCGAGAGAUUUAUCGCAUCGAAGGGGACUGCACAAAAAUGUGAUAAACACGCCGCCGCAUAGUAGUGCGCCGUGUUACGCCGCAGAAAUUUCGUCGCUUCUCUCGCCGCGAAUUAUUUGUCGAGCGAAUUCAGACCGCGCCGAUGCGGAGUAUCGAUAUCCAGUAGCGCGAUGCCGGCGAGGAAUAUCAGACGGCAGCAGGUCAAAAGAUCAGAACCGGCCCGGUUACACGAGAAUUAGCGGGUCGAUGAUGCUCGCGCGCCGCGAGUUUAAUUUCCACGUAGCUCGCCUACUUUUCCUCGAAGCGCGAAUUAAUUUUAUCCACGCACGCGAGCGAGCCUUGUUUCGUUUCCGCUUGCGGUCGUUUCGAUCAAAUAUUAUGUCGCUGCGACUCUCUUCCUCUUUUUCUCAACACGCCAACCGAACGCGACACCUCACGAGCCGCGCGCCGAGAUGACGAGCGUCGAAAUGAGCAGCCCGGUGUGACCAAAGCGUGAACGGCCUUUCUUUCGUUUCAGCGACGGUACUCAGCAGAAAGCAACGUGGUGAAAUAUAUGCGUGAAACCGCGGCGGAAGCCAGGAGAAAGCAUCGCGCGACUCCCAUCGCGCCUCAUUAGCCUGUGUAAACCGAAGCCCACGGCUGCUGCUCCUGCCGGCUAAUCAUGACAGAUCGCGGAAAUAUUCGAUCGCGUAGAUCCGCACAGCAAAGAAUCUCCGGCCGGUGCGAUCGGUCCGCGAUCGCGAUCGGAGCACGUCGUUAGACGACUCCGCUCGACUCCCGCUCGAUCAUCCUCGAGCUCUCGCCCUCUCUUGCGCGAGCGAAGCGCGUUAGCACCCACCUGAACACACGUCCCCCGUGAUCGCGAGUCGCCGCCAAAUGAGAAUAGAGCGUGGCGCGCUGCGACGGAGGAAGGAAUUCGAGGAUCGCGUCGUCGCGCCAUACGGUUCGCACUUCCGGAUCCAUCUGGCGCGCAGGAGCGAUCGAUCCGCGCGUCGCAUCGAUCGCGUAACAUGUUCGCAGGCGCGAACGAGUCGAAGCGAUGGACGAGGGAUAACAGGAUCCUCCUGAGAGCUGCGAAGGACCUUGAGGAACGUCGCAGCCACUACGAGCCGUCGCUUCAGCCGGGGGUCCCCGAUGACGUCGACCAUACCUUCAAUCUCGAGGAAAAUGACUUCGUGCCCCACUUCCAGCGAGUCUCCAUAUCCGGCGAGGAUACUUCCGGGGUGCCUCUGGAAGAUCUCCAGAGGUCUUCCCAAAUGCUGGUGCAGGCCCUGGCGAUACGCGAGAAAUAUAUGAGCAACUCCAGACAAAGCUUCCCCUCCAUCACGUCAAGAUUCUUACGCAGUAUCGACAAAAGACCGCUCACCAUGGACGACGAGAUUCAUCAUGAGGACCGUAAGGCUAUCGAAGGGAAAAGGCUGCUGGAUAAUGAGAACGAAAUCAGGGGUGCUCGAUCCGACGUGGACAUCGACGCGCUGAUCAAAGACGUCUUUCGUACAGAUCACCCGGUGCACGCGCCGGCGUCUCGAGGCGACCCGUGGGAGUGCGAAUUUCCGCCGACGAAGAACUACACGAUCGCACCCGUCAACGGCGUCUUCAAUGUAUACGUUAACGACGAGGACCUGGCCAACGGCAAACCGAUCCCGUAUUCGUACCCGGACCUAGCCACCUUCGUCAGGGACAUGAAUCAGCUGUGCGCGAUGAUGGCCGACGGGCCCUUGAAAUCCUUCUGCUACCGUAGGCUGAGUUACCUCUCCUCCAAGUACCAACUGCAUGUGUUGCUGAACGAGCUGCGGGAGUUGGCGAGUCAGAAGGCCGUGCCCCACAGGGACUUCUACAAUAUCAGAAAAGUCGAUACUCACAUACACGCGGCCUCCUGCAUGAAUCAAAAGCACCUGCUCAGAUUCAUCAAGAAAACAUUGAAGAAUCACGCGGACGAAGUGGUCACUUGUUCGAAGAGCGGUGAGACCAUGACGCUCCGUGAAGUUUUUCAAUCUAUGAAUCUGACGACCUACGACUUGAGCGUCGACAUGUUGGACGUGCACGCGGACAGAAACACGUUUCACAGAUUCGACAAGUUCAACGCGAAAUACAAUCCUAUCGGGGAGAGUCGUCUGCGAGAAGUGUUUCUGAAGACCGACAACUAUUUGAACGGGAAAUUCUUCGCGAGUAUAAUCAAGGAAGUUGCGAGUGAUCUCGAGGAGUCCAAAUAUCAGAACGCAGAGCUGCGUCUUUCGAUUUAUGGCAAGAGCCCGGAAGAAUGGGACAAGCUGGCCAAGUGGGCGAUUCAAGGCGACGUCUAUUCGGACAACGUGCGCUGGCUCAUACAGAUCCCCAGACUGUACGAUAUCUUCAAGCUGAACAAACUCAUGACCAAUUUCCAAGAGAUCAUCAACAACAUCUUCUUGCCGCUGUUCGAAGUAACCAACGAUCCCAGUUCUCACCCGGAGCUACACAAAUUCCUCCGCUACGUGAUAGGCUUCGAUUCCGUGGACGACGAAAGCAAGCCGGAGAAUCCUCUCUUCGACAAAGAUGUUUGUCCGCCCGCGGAAUGGGACGACAUCGAGAACCCGCCUUACGGAUACUAUCAAUAUUAUACCUAUGCGAAUAUGACUGUUCUUAAUCAUUUUAGAGCGGAACAAGGCUUUAAUACAUUCGUCCUGAGGCCUCACUGCGGCGAGGCCGGGCCCGUUCAGCAUCUUGUUUGCGGUUACAUGAUGGCAGAGAAUAUCUCGCAUGGCCUGCUGCUCAGAAAAGUACCCGUGCUCCAAUACCUGUAUUAUCUAGCACAAAUCGGCAUCGCGAUGUCACCGCUCAGUAAUAACUCGCUUUUCCUGAACUAUCAUCGUAAUCCGCUGCCGGAGUACCUUGCUAGAGGAUUGUGCAUAAGCUUGUCCACGGACGAUCCUCUCCAAUUUCAUUUCACUAAGGAACCCCUGAUGGAGGAGUACAGUAUUGCCGCGCAAGUGUGGAAACUCAGCUCGUGCGACAUGUGCGAGCUAGCGCGCAAUUCCGUUCUCAUGAGUGGCUUUCCGCACAAGAGCAAGCAAUACUGGCUGGGACCUAACUACACGAAAGAAGGAGUCGCUGGUAACGAUAUCACGCGAACCAACAUGCCAGAUAUACGAGUGGCCUACCGUUACGAGACGUUGGUCGACGAACUGUCCAAUAUCUUCAAGGUCGCAGAGAAGCCCGAAUCGGUUUUAUUCUAAUAACCUGAUUAUUAUUUUAGAUUCAUCACAGAAUCGGUGGAUUGACGAUUGCUAUGAUGUACACUUUGUAGACCGAUGAAUUGCAAAAGCAUUGAUCAAUCAUAGUGAUCAAUAUAUACGACUUAUACUUGCGAUUACGUCGUGGCCUUCUAUAUUUCGGGGUAUUCCUAAGACGUAAUAAGUUUACCAACGAGAACAUUCUGUGUAACGCGAAUGAUUUUUUCAACGCUAUAGAGUUACAUAUUGGUCUUUUCUUCUUGACAUAUUCCAACAAAGUUCUUUCGGAUAGAACUCGACUUCGACUCGGAUAUUAUUCGAAAUAUACUUGAAUGGUAGCAAAACACUCGAAGAGGAAAGAAACGUAUUGUGCGUAAAAAUGGGUCAGUGUAAUUCAAUUGGAACUUUACGUUGUAUCUCUUUUAUUGAUGAUCGUAGAUUCUUGGAUUACAGGGGUAAGUUUUAAUCAGAAAAAUAUUUUAUACUUGUGCGUUGACCAAUUUAAUAGUAGCUGUUAGAAGGUAUCCCUUCUAUUAUUACGACGUUAAUAACGAUACCGCAGCGUAUAUGUAGUUGUAAUACGAAGUAAGCUAGACGUGAGUAUUACAUUAAUUUACCCUUAGUGUUAAGCGUCUCGCGAGGGGGAUGAAAUCCGUUUUUCAUAUCUCCAGCUGUGCUUGGCAACAGCGCUGCCCUUUCUUGGAUUUUUAGCUUUAUUUUCUUACAUUUUUGUACAUUUAUAUCAUGAAAAAAAGAACUGUGUACGACGUUCGUCUCGGCGAGCAUUUAGACAGCUGCGGCUCGUACGCGCGGACAGUUAACUCGUGCCAUUGUACAUAUGGUACAUAAUGUAUCUUCCUUUCGUGAGUCUAGACGGUAUGUAAAUAUGGAUUUAAUUUAAUUUAGAACGUAAUGUAGUACAUUUCACGGACUGUGCACGCGUGCCAAGGGAUAAUUCAGCGAAUAUGAUACGCUACCUCUUUUAACUUGUCUUGAUUCCGCAACACUGGCUUUGUUCGUUGCUUUCCGCAUUCAUCAAUCGUCUCUGUCUCUCGAGGGAACUUUCCGAACAACGAGCCUAGUUGAGCGAUAUACGACGACUUAUGACAUCCGAACAUUGUGCCCCGAUAUUGAAUUAUAUUACAAAUUGUUACUAGACAGAUAGAGAGGAAAUAUAUUUAUUGUAAAAAGCGUAUACCACAAAGCAAGAAUAUAUACCUGCAAUGUUAAACUCGAA